CAGCCACAGUUUAAGUGGACUCAAGGACAUGAGUGAUUUUCCCUCAGGGCGUGACCUACGUCCAUCCCAGUAAGUAACCAAUAGGUGGAUUAUCACAGAAGCCAUAAACUGGGCAGAUAAGACCAUGAUGCUCCUCCACGUUAGCUCUCAGUCUCAACAGGCGCUCGGGCUCUCGACCACAUGGAUUUCUCCGACAGGAUCUCGUUCCGUACCCGGGGUCUGGAUCGUCUCUGGGAGGCUGUAAUUAAAAUCCACUGAGACACUGUUUUGUAGGAGACCUUUCCAGUCCAGCCAUGAUCCACGUGGAUUUCCAUUCCCUCACUCGGCCUGUGGGCAUCAUGCGCAUGGCGGCGGCCGUCCUCACCUGUGUGACCUUUAUCCUGGUGGCGACCGUGGGACACGUCCCGUCUCCCUACUGGACCUGGUGCAUGUUCGCCUGGUGCUUCUGCUGCUUCUUCACGCUGCUCAUCGUCGUCCUGGAAUUCACCGCCGUCGCCAGCAGGCUGCCCUUCGCCUGGGACGACUUCACCGCCGCCUUCGCCGUCCUGGCCUGCCUCAUGCUGCUGGCCACCUCCGUCAUCUACCCCACGCUCUUCGCCUGCGGCAGCUGCGGGCGGCAGAUCGGCGCCGCCGUGGCCUCGUGGCUCUGCCUGGGCGCGUACGCGGCGGAGGUGGCGGUGACGCGCCUGCGCCCCGGCGGUCAGACCAGCGGCUUCCUGUCCACGCCGCCCGGCCUCAUGAAGAUGCUGGAGGCCUUCCUCGCCUGCCUGGUCUUCACCUCGCUGGAGGCCGGACACUACGGCGCCUCUCCACAGCUGAGGUGGUGCGUGGCCGUCUACUCCCUGUGCUUCGUCUUUGCCAUGGUCGUAAUCCUCGUCACCACCGGGAAGCUGACGCUGUUCUUCCCGUUCUCCUUCGAGCCGGUGGCGGUCGCUUGCAACGUCGUAUCAGCGCUGAUGUACAUGACGGCUAUGGUGAUGUGGCCCCUGGAAAGCUUCAGGAACAAUAAGAGGCCCGAUGACUGUGGCCACCACUGUGGCUGGGACAAACUGGUAGUGGUCACCUUCAUGACCAUCCUCAACUUCAUCGUUUACACCAUGGACAGCAUCUACUCUGUGUAUCUGGUGUUUUUUGCUAAUAACCAUUAAAGCUGCCGCUCAUUCAAAAGAA